AUGUCCACACUAAACCAACAACGCAAAGUGGUUGAGCAGUUGCGCCUGGAAGCCGGAAUCCAUCGACGUCCGGUAUCCGAAUGCAUCCGCGAUAUGAUAGGAUUUAUCGAGCAGUACCGAGACAAAGACUGUCUGGUGAACGGUUUCGCCUCCAAAAAGGACAAUCCAUUCCAGGAGAAGGGAGGGUGCCAACUGCUCUAA